CUUCCAUUUCUCCUCCUUCCUCUCUCAGGGGGGCAUGUUACCAUCACUGACCUGCCCCUGGCCCUAGACCAGAUCCAGGCCAACGUCCAGGCCAACGUGCCGGCCGGAUGCCGGGCCCAGGUCUGCGCCCUGUCCUGGGGGGUUGACCAGCACGUCUUCCCUGGAGACUAUGACCUGGUGCUGGGGGCUGAUAUCGUGUACCUGGAGCCCACCUUCCCGCUGCUGCUGGGGACCCUGCAGCACCUGUGCGGGCCCCGGGGCACCGUCUAUCUGGCCUCCAAGAUGCGAGAGGAGCAUGGCACACAAAGCUUCUUUCAGCACCUCCUGCCCCAGCAUUUCCAAGUGGAGCUGGCCCAGCGGGACGAGGAGGAGAACGUCAACAUCUAUAGGGCCAGGCACAGGGAGCUGAGACCUGCUUGACGUCGCCGUCAGCGCUUCCGGACCCCUGUCCCCCUGAGGGGAGCGUCCUGUCUCCAAAAGAAAACGCAGGACAAGAAGGAUGGAUUUCCCUGGUCUCUCUCUUUCCGCCUUUUUGGCCUCCUCCCCCCGAGCCCUCCUCGCUUGGGCAGGAGGGUGGCACCCACUUGCCCGAGAACGCUGGCAGCUGUGGAUUAGAGCACAAAGGAAGGUGGAGGGCACCCAGAGUUUUUAGGGAUGGGGAGGUCAGAGCGGCGGUGGGGCAAGGCCGUCACCGGGCACUUCCAUGCUGCUCUGUUCAGCUCCCACCGUGGGGUUUGUUCUUGGGUGUGCACCAGGUUCUAACGGGCUUCUUUUUAAGGGGAAGAAAUUGGCAUUGGAAAUCGCACUGAGGAGGAAGGCCACCUCCUAGCGCCCGGGUCCGCUGGGCCCAGCUCUGCCCCGGCUUGGAGUCCUGCGCCACACGACUGGGCUCUUCUCUUGCGCUCUGCUCUUCGGUUGUCUGUCUCGAGCCCUGUGGGCACUUCCUUCCUGGUGGGUUUGCCUCGGGGCCUCACUCUUCCUACAGGGGAGGAACCCUGGCUCCCUGGGAGAGCCGCUGCAGCCGCGUUGCAGACUCUUCCGCUCAGUCAGAGCUUCUGAUGAGCUGAUGAGCUUCUGCGCCGCGGUGCCACCGGCCCACCCCGUGGGACCCCUCCUGCUCUUCCUCUCCAGCUGGCUUCUGUAUGUGCUGCAGCCCCUGGCCAGUCUGUGCCACGAGCCCUGACUUCUUUCUUUCUUCAUCCCUCCUGAUGGUCCCCUUUCUGGAAGGGGCUGUUUCACCUGUCAAAAUCUUCACUGCGCUUUGCCUCUUCCCUGAACUUCCUGCGUGGAUGUGAUUUCUUUCUCCCUUAAGAUGGUUUGUCCAUCUUCUGGGACUUACCUGUCUUGUGUGGCCCUUUGUAUGCUCCUUAUUUUUCUCCCCGUUCCGUUAUCUUGGAGAAUAGAGCUGUCGUUCACUGGUCUCUGAUUCCCGGACCGAGGGCCGUUCCUGGCAGUCAGUGGAUGCACUUGGCUUGUCCAGCAAAUACUUACUUGGCUUGUUGAAGGGACUCCAUCCCUGCCUCUCUAGGCGGCCUUGUCCAAUUUCUGGCCUUGUCCAAUUUCUGAAUCCACCUUUCUACCUCACCAGUUUGUCCUGAGUCAGAUGGAUAAAGAAUAUGAGAGCAUUGGAAAUAAACUGUUACCAGCUGU